AUGCAAGCCCUCAUGGCCCAUCUCGCCAUCAUCAACACCUGGGGUAAAAUAAACUCAUUUGGCAUCUUCCAAAUAUUCUACGCGACAAAGCUCGCCCAGUCUAGCUCGGAAAUCAGUUGGAUCGGCUCCAUACAGGUGUUUUUCCUCUUCGUCGUUGGUGUCUUCACCGGACGUCCGACGGAUGCUGGUUACUUCAGGGCCAUUUUCGCAACUGGCUCGGCACUUGUAGUUUUAGGAAGCUUCAUGGCCUCUAUUUCGACAACCUAUCUGCAGCUCUUUUUUUCCCAAGGAGUCUGCACCGGGUUAGUUGGCUUUCCCUGGACCAUGAGAACAAUGGCAUUUGUUCAGUUGGCCACAUUGCUCGUUGCCAACAUCUUCAUGAGGGCCAGACUUCCUCCUAGACGAUCCGGUCCGCUCGUCGAGCUAUCCGCCUUUAGAGAACUACCAUAUAGUUUAUUCACCAUCGGCAUGAUUUUUUAUCCAUGCAUCUUGAAUUCAAUUACGCUAACAUCUUUUAGUCUCGGUCGUUUCAGCCGGGACCAACUAUUCUAUGACUAUGCUUCGUCGCUCAACCUCCUCAUUCUCAUGAAUGGAGUGGGAGCAAUAGGGCGGGCGUUGCCAGGCUUUCUAGCCGAUCUGUAUGUUGGCCCUCUCAAUGUCAUCACACCAGCCGCCUUUGUCUGCACGAUUAUGCUAUAUUGCUGGACGACUGUCGGCUCUCCAGUAGGAUUGUAUUCUUGGGCAGUUAUAUAUGUACAGGGACUUUUUCCUGCGGCUCUGUCAUCACUUACCACGGAUUUGCAGAAGGCUGGCACUAGAAUGGGCAUGGUCUAUUCUAUCAUCAGCUUCGCAAAUUUGACUGGGCCUCCUCUUGCCGGUGCUCUAAUUUCAGAAGGCAAUGGGGUUUAUACGUACGCAUUCGCUUUUGGUGGAACUUGCAUUGGAAGCGUUCCAGUCCAAGGCGAAACACAUUCAGAAGCAAGAAGCUGA